GGCCAACCAGAAGAAACACAACAGGUAAAAAAAAUCUAGGAGAUUUUUAUAUAUAUAAGUAUACUUUUAAUGAGCGGCGAAGAGUUUCUGUGUAAUAACUAUCUUCAUUUCUUCAAAUAGCCUGCUUUAAGGCUUUUGUUUAAAAAUGGCAGAGGAGUGGGGAAAUGUCAUCUUCACAGCCAGGAGAUACAACGAGAACACAACGAGGGAUUCAGUCUUCACAUACACCAACAGCAAUAACACAAAAGAUCCCUUUGAGGGACCCAAUUACCACAUUGCCCCAAGAUGGGUGUACAAUAUUGCUACAUUAUGGAUGUUUUUUGUGGUCGUCGCCUCAACCUUCACCAAUGGCCUGGUACUGGUUGCCACAGCCAAGUUUAAAAAACUUCGUCACCCUCUCAACUGGAUUUUGGUCAACCUUGCUGUGGCUGAUCUUGCAGAGACACUGUUGGCCAGCACCAUCAGUGUCUGCAACCAGUUCUUCGGCUACUUCAUCCUUGGACACCCAUUGUGUGUUUUUGAGGGUUACACAGUUGCUACUUGUGGAAUUGCUGGUCUAUGGUCUCUGACAGUCAUAUCAUGGGAGAGAUGGGUGGUGGUGUGCAAACCUUUUGGUAAUGUGAAGUUUGAUGGCAAAAUGGCAAUUGCUGGCAUUGUCUUCACUUGGGUCUGGUCCUCCUUCUGGUGUGCACCUCCCAUUUUUGGAUGGAGCAGGUACUGGCCUCAUGGUCUGAAGACCUCCUGUGGACCUGAUGUGUUCAGUGGAAGUAAAGAUCCUGGAGUCCAGUCCUACAUGAUUGUGUUGAUGAUCACCUGCUGCAUCAUCCCCUUGGGAAUUAUUAUUCUCUGCUACAUUGCAGUGUGGUUGGCCAUCCGUGCUGUCGCUCAGCAACAAAAAGAUUCAGAAUCCACACAAAAGGCUGAGAAAGAAGUGUCCAGGAUGGUGGUGGUCAUGAUCCUUGCCUAUUGCUUCUGCUGGGGUCCUUACACUUUCUUUGCCUGCUUUGCAGCUGCUAACCCCGGCUAUGCCUUCCACCCACUAGCAGCUGCCAUGCCCGCCUACUUUGCAAAGAGCGCCACCAUCUACAACCCCAUUAUAUAUGUCUUCAUGAAUCGUCAAUUCCGCUCAUGCAUCAUGCAGCUCUUUGGAAAGAAGGUUGAUGAUGGAUCUGAGGUGUCUACAUCCAAGACAGAAGUCUCCUCUGUGACACCUGCAUAA